UUGCCGCCUUCACCAUCAAGACAGCGCUGAACUCAACAGGAAGUUGGACAGACGUCACUUCCUUUUCUGGUUUAGUAGGGAGGCAGGUAAAGGCGUUUACAGGUUUUGUGGCAAUGAGUCGCUACUGGCAGGUCAACAUCACUCAAACGUCAAGCGGCGAGUUUCCAAAGGUGGCCGAGAUCCAACUCUACGGGUAUCGAGUUUCAGGGGCAAGCAGUGCAGCGUACCCAGAGGAACUAACCUAUCACUGCAAUGGCGACAAGCCGUCCUACGUAACCAUGGCUACCAGCGGCACGAUAACCAGUGGGGAUGAUGGGAGGGGGAACUACAGCAGCGACAGUCUGUGCAGCUGGACCAUCGAAGCACCGUCUGGCAUGGGCGUGUCACUGACCUUCCUGACAUUUGACCUGGCCGAUGAUGGCGACUGCCCAUCGGAUUACGUCGCGGUGUAUGACGGGAGCAGCCAAAGCUCUGCUCUGCUGGGCAGCUUUUGUGAGAGUAACCCUGGCGUUGUGAACAGCUCGUGGAGCUUGAUGCACGUUACCUUUGUCACCAACUCAUUUCUGGAGGCGUCGGGCUUUCAGGCAACUUUUACGACUACAGAUAUAGACGAGUGUGGAACAGCAAAUGGUGGAUGUUCACAGAACUGCACUAAUACUUUUGGCAGUUUCUCCUGUUCCUGUCAAACUGGCUACGAAUUGAACGGUGACGGCGUCUCCUGUGACGCAGAGAUCAGCACAACUGUAGUCCCGCCAACAGUGACAACAGCAGGGGCUGCGACUGCGCCACCACCUACAACAGCUGCACCCAGAAGUACGACAGAGGUCAGCACAACUGUAGUUGGUUCAACGGUGACAACAGCAGGAGCAGCUGUACCAACCGCGCCCCCUACAACGUCCGCUACACCCACCAGUACAACAGCAGGGGCAGCUGUACCAACCGCUCCCCCUACAACGUCCGCUACACCCACCAGUACAACAGCAGGGGCAGCUGUACCAACCGCUCCCCCUACAACGUCCGCUGCACCCGCAACUUCAGAGGCCGGCACAACUGCAAUUCGGUCAACAAUGCCAAUGGUGACAGCAGGGGUUUCUGUUCUCACAACGUCUUCACCAACAACGUCAACGUCUUCACCUAACACAUCAGCAAAGACCAGCACAACUGCUGUCCAGUCAACAACAAUGGCUGCCGUGUCCAGCACGUCUGCAGCAACGACCCCUGCAUCCAACACUACAGCGAAGGCCAGCACAACUGCAGUUCGGUCUACAGUAGGUGCUGGUGUGUCUAGCACAUCUUCACAGGCGACACCUGCACCCAACACUACAGCAAGGUACAACACCACGAUGGCUCUGUCGACAACAGCGACUUUUGCACCCACCAUGUCUCCAACAACGACUCCUGUAUCCAACUCUACAGCAGAGACCAACGUCACUGCAGUUCGGUCAUCAGUAGGGGCCGUUGUAUCUACUGCGUCUCUACCAAUGACCCCUGCACCAAACACCACAGCAGAGGCUAAUGCUACUAGUGUCGUUCAGUCAACGAAAGCUGCUACUGUACCCACAACGCCAGAUAUUGAUGAGUGCCUGACGGGAGCUCAUGUGUGCCUCCGUGACGAACUCUGCUUCAACAGGGAGGGAUCGUACGCCUGCGCCUCGUGCUACCCCAACAUAGCCCUGGUGGGAGGAGGGACCAACUCUUCGGCUCCUGUCAACAUCAAACGGAGGGUGCCUUUUACCGUGCAAUCUACCGUAACAGUGGACUGUGACGUAGCCUAUUCCCUCCUCUUCAACUGGUCUCUGUACGCAAUGGAUGAUGGCGGCCUACCGUCCGCAAAUAUUGCCCUUCCUGAGAAUGUUGAAACAGCCGGAUCUGAACUCACCUUACCGAAGAACGUUCUGCCGUACGGGAAGGUCGCCAUCCGGCUGGAGGUCACGGUGGAAGAGACCAUGUCUAGGCUCCGUGUCGUGACGUCAGCUGAGCAGUGGGUGAAUGUCUUAUCCUCGGCACUCGUGGCUGACAUUGCCGGUGGUUCAGCAAGGUCCCUAGCCCCAGGAUCCGACAUUGUCCUAGACGCUUCGUUUUCUACAGAUCCAGACGCCAUGGUGACGGAGUCAGCAGACCUUGCCUAUAACUGGACUUGUGUAACAGAAAUAGGAACUUCCUGCGACGACCUGUUUAGGGAUGGAGGAACCAACCAGUCAUACGUUAUCUCUUCUAAGGACGUCGACACAAGUGUAGGCCGGUUGAUUGCGCAUCUUAGCGUGUGGUUCCCGGGCAGGUCCCCCGGAACGACGUCUCAAAUCUUGGAGAUUUUCUCUGUCGGAUCUCUAUCUAUAUACAUCAGAUGCUUCAGCAACUGUGAUAGAAGAGUCAACCCAUCGGAGAAGCUGGUUUUGGUGGCAGAGUGUACAAAUUGUGAGGAGAAGAAAAUGGUCAGUUUCAACUGGACAUUACAGGAAGCUCCGGACGAGUUUGGCAGGUCCGAUUUAAACUGGGACACCGAGAGCACCACGGGAAGGAACCUGCCUGAUGUCGUCAUCAAGCCAGAAGUCUUCACGGCUUUAGGAGACUAUACUUUAAGAGUGGAGACGACGCUUGUUGACGGUCGUCAUGGGUUUGCUGAGUACAGUUUUGUACCGAACGAGCCGCCUGUGGUGGGAAGCUGCACAGUCAGUCCGGAAAACGGAACAGCCAUGGUGACAGAGUUUAUCAUCACUUGUACGGGGUUCUAUGACACAGACGAGCCUUUGACUUACCAUUUCCUCUUUAACACGGACGCUGCUACUGGAUUCUCUCCGCUGUACACCGGCAUGUAUUCAGCAACUCCAUCGCAGCUCUUUCCAGUGGGCCAAGAGUCCCGUGACUUUGUCGUUAAAAUCCGCGUUGAAGUAACAGACUCCUUCGGAGCAAUAUCGUAUGUCGAGACUUCUGUCAAGGUCAGGUCCUGGCACUUCCAGCAGAUCAGUCCACAGCCGUAG